AUGGCCGACGCACCCGUUGAUGCUCUGCUGAAGGGCAGCUCCGGCAAGAACACACGCGGCCUUUUGCGCACUAUCAUUCUAUUUACUAUCGCAGCGGCCGCAGUGUCCAGUCGUCUGUUUAGUGUUAUCCGUUUCGAGAGUAUCAUCCACGAAUUCGAUCCCUGGUUCAACUUCCGCGCAACGAAAUACCUGGUUGAGAAUGGCUUCCAUAGCUUUUGGGAUUGGUUUGACGACCGCACAUGGCAUCCCCUGGGACGUGUCACUGGUGGCACCCUUUACCCCGGUCUGAUGGUGACAAGCGGCGCGAUUUACCAUUUCCUGCGCUUCCUCACGCUUCCGGUCGAUAUCCGCAACAUCUGUGUUCUGCUAGCACCUGCAUUCUCUGGUCUGACGGCCUUCGCAAUGUACCUGUUGACCAAUGAGAUGUCUCCGUCUCCGUCCGCAGGUCUUCUCGCGGCUGCUUUCAUGGGAAUUGUUCCCGGAUACAUCUCCCGCUCUGUCGCCGGUAGCUAUGAUAACGAAGCAAUUGCCAUCUUCCUGCUCGUUUUUACGUUCUUCUUGUGGAUCCGGGCUGUCAAGAACGGCUCCAUCAUGUAUGGAGCCCUGACAGCGCUGUCCUACGGGUAUAUGGUUUCAGCUUGGGGUGGAUAUGUUUUCAUUACCAACUUGAUUCCGCUGCACAUUUUUGUCCUCUUGUGUAUGGGAAGAUACAGCACUCGCCUCUACAUUAGCUAUACCACAUGGUAUGCUCUGGGAACUCUGGCGAGCAUGCAGAUUCCGUUUGUCGGUUUCUUGCCGAUUCGGAACAGCGAUCACAUGUCCGCCUUUGGUAUCUUUGGGUUGCUACAGCUCGUGGCUUUUGCUGAAUUCAUUCGAGGCUAUGUGCCAACCAAACAGUUCCAGAAAUUGCUCACCAGCAUGAUCAUCAUCACUGUCGCUGUUGGUUUUAUUGGUCUCUCUCUGCUUUCAAUCUCAGGGGUCAUUGCGCCAUGGAGUGGCCGUUUCUACUCGCUGUGGGAUACCAGCUAUGCCAAGAUCCAUAUUCCCAUCAUUGCGUCCGUUUCGGAGCACCAGCCAACCGCUUGGCCUGCAUUCUUCUUCGAUCUGAACUUCCUGAUCUGGCUAUUCCCCGCCGGUGUCUACAUUUGCUUCCGUGACCUGAAGGACGAACACGUCUUCGUCGUCAUCUACGGUGUCCUUGCUAGUUACUUCGCAGGUGUCAUGGUUCGUCUGAUGCUGACUCUGACGCCCAUCGUUUGCGUUGCGGCUGCUCUGGCCCUUUCCCACAUCAUCGACACCUAUGUUACCAUCUCGCCGAAGCAGGCUCAGGCCAAGUCAACUGAGUCGUCUUCCGAGUCCCUCCGUUCGAGCCGUUCCCCCGUUGUAGGAAUUUACUCUUACGCCUCUAAGGCUAUCGUGACAUCGUCUGUCGUGAUCUACCUUCUGCUUUUCGUUGCUCACUGUACCUGGGUCACCUCGAACGCUUACUCGUCGCCAUCCGUUGUUCUGGCUAGCCGACUCCCUGAUGGAAGCCAAUUCCUCAUUGACGACUACCGUGAGGCCUACUACUGGCUGCGUCAGAACACUCCUCAAAACGCCAAAAUUGCGUCCUGGUGGGACUAUGGUUACCAGAUUGGUGGUAUGGCUGACCGCCCAACUCUGGUGGACAACAACACUUGGAAUAACACGCACAUUGCCACUGUUGGAAAGGCCAUGAGCUCCCCCGAGGAAGUUAGCUACCCAAUCCUCCGCCAACACGAUGUCGAUUAUGUGCUUGUCGUUUUCGGUGGUCUGCUCGGAUACUCUGGUGAUGAUCUCAACAAGUUCCUGUGGAUGGUCCGUAUCGCCGAAGGCAUCUGGCCUGACGAGGUUAAGGAGCGUGACUUCUUCACUUCUCGUGGCGAGUACCGUGUUGAUGAUCAGGCCACUCCUACCAUGCGCAACAGCUUAAUGUACAAGAUGUCCUACUACAACUACAACUCCCUCUUCCAGCAAGGCCAGGCCAUCGACCGUGUCCGCGGUGUGAGACUUCCCGCUGAAGGACCCCAGCUGUCAACUAUGGAGGAGGCCUUUACCAGUGAGAACUGGAUCAUCCGGAUCUACAAGGUCAAGGACCUUGACAACUUUGACCGUGACCACAUGAGCGCUGCGGCCUUUGACCGGGGUCAGAAACGUAAGAGGGCUUCCAAGAGACGAGGCCCUCGUGUUCUGAGAACCGAGUAA